CAAAUUCUAUCUUGGCAUAACAGUAUGAUGGAUCUAUACGAUGCCUUGCUUCUUUCGACCCUACUUUCUAAAAAAAAGAAUAUGCGUGCACAUCCAUCACUUUUAUAGUACCUCUUUGCACUUGCGCACACACUGACAGUAAACGUUCCUGAAGAGAAACCUUUCUGAACGGUGGUGGAGGAGAUCUCCGCUUUGCAAAAAGCUAUUUUUUUUUUCAUCGGGCUGAUUUUUUUUGGUACACCACCGGCACCCCCCCCCUCGAGCUCUGCUUACUCUAUCUCAUCUUGUGCAUUUAUGCCGUCCGCGCUCCAAACAGCAUGUAACCCGUUUAGUCAUGCCAAUAGUAAUGCACACCAUUAUUCACGCUGGCAUCCACUCUUUGCAUGUGUGAAAUGCUUUUACGAUGGUUUCAUACGGCACCAAGGACCUUUGGAACAACGUCGUCGGCCUUGCAGCAAUAUGGCACGUUCUAUGUACAAUCUACAACGCGUCAUUGAUCAAGUUAUGCAGAACCAAUUAGCACUUGAACAACUUGAACAUGGCCUUGAUGAUCCUGCUACUACUACUACCGCCCUGGAGGGGGGACAGCGAGGACGACGACGUGAUGAAGCAGUAAUGACAGUGACGCCAUGGUCUGCCGUGGAAGACCCAGUAGAAAAAGUUCAUUACGAUACUUCCAGACAUAGUAAUAGUACUGACGCCGAAAAGCAACAACAAAAGCUGGUGGAACUGUUGCAAGCAGAACAUGAGCAGGAGCUACAACGACUGACGGAACAACAUGAAGCUGCGUUCAGUCGGCUGACACGACAACACGAGGAAGCUACGAGACGCUUACGGCGAGAGCAGCAGCAGGCGUUGGAUCGAAUCGAACAGCACUACAAGGACCAGCUGACUGAACAAGAAGAGAUGCAUCAAUCACGGAUCCAUACGGUAGAACAACAAUUGGCCAAUGAGGUGCUACGUAAAAAACAGUUGGAUUUACUGGUUCGAGAGAAUGGUGACGAGAUCAAGCGGAUCAUGACCGAGCUCGUGGACCAACAAGAUCAAGUAGUGGCAUUGGAAACAAAACUGGCGUACCGUCCUCCGGUGCGUCAUGCUUUCGUACAAACGGAGCAAGAAGAGAAAGAAGCUUCUGUACAAGUGAACGACGCUGACGUAAAUGACGCUGGUCAAAAACACAAAGAUGCUAUCGAACAGCAGCAACAACAACACAUACAACAAUUGCAAGAAGAAUUACUAGAACAGGAAGAACGAUGGCAAGACAAAUUGACGUAUUAUCGGAACCAAGUGGAAAUCCGGAUGCAGCAAUUCUAUGAGCAAGAGUACAUGGUGACACGAUUGCAAGAGCAUUUGCAGAUCAUCAAAGAACAGUUGGAUAAAAGAAAGAAGCAAAAUACAAUACGCGAGCACCGGUUACUGGACAUGAUGGAUCUGGUACAACAGUUACGGGAAGAAAAGGACGAGUUGGCUUCCCAAAUAAUGUAUUAUCGACAGCAACAACGAAAAGAAGGAUGGGGAGAGGAAAAGCAUCAACGUCAUCGUGAUAAUAGUAGUAAUGGCAAUGGUGCUCGUAAAAAUAGAAAUGGAAUGCAACAUCAAGGAACAACAACAACAACAACAACAGUUGCUACAGUGCCAUGUACUACCUAGUGCCUUUUCUUUUAAUCUGACAAAUAAAUGGUUUCG